AUGUACAAGUAACAAUAAUUGAGAUAUUCUAAUCAGAAUACCACUGGCAUCGCAAAUCAUAAAAAUGGUAUAAAAGAAAAGCAUCCAAUAACGGAAGGGUUUAUAUAAGGGCAGCAUAACCAACACAAAAAUUAGGUUAGUCCAAACCACGGCUUGCCUCAAAGGUAAGAAAAUGGUUAUCCAUUUUAGAAACCUAAUAGUAAUAAUACUGGAAAUUAAAGUCCUAAUAAUAAUAAUAUUAAUGUAGGAUUAUAAAACUCUGCUAAUUGCUCUCCUUCUCCUUCACGCAUGAGCGUUCUCAUAAAUGCAAGCCAAAAAUAAUAAUGCAAAAUCAGCUACUUGUUUUGCAAUUAAAUAAACCAUGAGAUGAACCAGCUGAAUAUGGCUUGCUUGAAACCAGAUUGCCAAGCAAAAGGACUUAUAUGCUGCAUGUGUUUAGAUGAUCACUAUGAGCAUCUAAAACAUUGCAUGGCUUUUUAAAAAAUAGUUUCCUAAUUGAAGGGGAAAAUUGAUAAAAACUCAACUUACUACGAUGAGAAUUUAAUGUCAUAAACAAGCGAAAGCAAAGAUUUUAUUAAUCAAAUUGAGUAAUAUUAUAAGGACAUAAGGAAUACAAUUGAAUAAUUCUAAUUGCAAGUUAAUUAAUAUCUUGAAAUGCUCAAAAUUCAAUAUUAAAAAUAGUUUUUAGAAAAUAUUGAAAAAAUUUAAUCUCUUUGCUCAAAUGCUGGAACAAGUUUAAAGGAUUUUUUUGAAAAAAUUGAAAUCAACUCAAUAAUUGGUCAAUCUUUGCAUACAAACCCUUCAACAAAUUUGAAAUCUGAUAUCAAUAGUUUUCUAUUAAAUGUUGAAAUGGGAGAAGACAUGAAAUCAAUAAAACUCAAGAUGGAUUCAGCUAUGUCAAAAUAAAGUGAAGAGCUUGCUAAAUAGGUUAAGGUUCAAUCAGAAAGAUUAAGUUAAAAAUUGUAAAAGUAUAUGAAACUUUUAAAGAACAGUGAAUUUAAAUUAUCUUAGACUUCACAAACUAGCAAGUCUCUCAGUGGAAGUGUUAGAGAAUCCUAAAUAAGCAGUGGAUCUAAUUCUCAAAGGCUUAGUUCGAAUAAAAACAAGAGAAAAUACUUAAAGCUAAUUGAAAAAGAAAGUAUUAGAAAAAAUAAGAGCAACCAUUUAUAAAUACCAAAUUAUGGAAUACCCAUUUCAAUUAUGGAUUCCAGUGAGACAAAUUCAUAAAAGUAGAAUCUUGAUAAUGCAGUCUUAAUGAGUACUCCUUCUUAAGAAAAUCAUUUAUUAAAUAAUUAUUGCUUGAGUUUUUAAGAUAAAAAAGCCUUCCUAAAUGGGCAAUUUUCUUCUUCAAGAGGCAGUGAAAGAAAGAUGAAUGAGUUUAAUUUAAGUGAUUAUAUUGCAUAAUCUAGCUAGAGUGCAACUCAAAGUAAGAAAGGAUCUGUUUAAAAGCAAUACUCUACUUUAAACAGCAGACAAAAAAUUCCUUAAUAAUAAACAUUCGGAAAAAUGUAGGCUCAAAUUGAUAUUAGCAUGGAAUGUGAAGAUGAAGAUUUAAAUUCAUAAUAGUAAAAUGCUUAUUUAAACCAGUUAAAGAGAAUUAAACCUAAUAGUAAAUUUGUAGUUGAUGAUGAAGAAUCAAGCAAGCAAUAAUCUUUCAAGCAUUAAAAUUAGAGCAAGUAAAUAAGUAAUAAUAACAACAACAAUACAGAAGAUUAAGAAGAAGAAUUUGAAGAUGAAGAUGAACCAUAUGAAGAAGAUAUGAUUGGAAGGUCUGAUUACAGUUACAGUUAUGAGGAUGAAGAGGAAGAUUACUACGAUGAUAAUGAGGAUUACUCAAAAAAUAAGAAAGAUUAAAGACAAAUAUAUUCAGAAGGGUAAUAAGAUUAAUAAUAAAUCUAACAAAUGGAAAUGUAUGAUUCAUCUAACAUUUCGUAAAGCAAAAACUCUCGAAAAAGUUAACAGAAAGGAUAAAAUAAUACUAAUAAUAAUUCUAUUUCAGAAAGCAGCAAGUUAGAAUAUUCAUCAAGCAAAAAGACAUAGCAAAUAAAUGAAGAAAUAAUGUCAUUUUAGAUGCCACCAAGAAAUGAUUAGAGCUAAGAUAGAUAAUUAGAUUUACCUUUUGAUUAGAAUUAAAAAGGAAAUAACAUUUUUAAUAGUUUAGAAAAACAAAGAAACAUUUGUAGCUCUCCUAAUCAAAUUCAAAAAUCGCAUUUAAAUGCUGAAUCACCAACGUUUUAGAGAAAUUCAGAUUCUUAAUUAUCUUCUAAAAUUCAGAAUAGGCCAGCAACUUACCAGAAUGAUACAAAUAGUAACGGUAGUAUCUAACAGUCAAAUGAAUAUGAUUAGAACAACAGGUCAGGUUCACCUAAAUCAAAAUAGGCCAGCACUAAAGCUACCUCUUGUUACAAUUUAUCUCCAUCUAAAAGUCGCAGCCAUUCUCCUAAUGUCCAUGUUCUCGAUAACUCUCCAACUAGAGUCAUGACAAGAUCUUCAGCUAAAAAAUAAUAGAAUUAAGACCAAGUAAACAUUGAAUAAAGUAGAGAAGAGCAAAAAAGGAGUGAAGAAAUAGAGAACGGUACUUUGAAUGAGGAAUAAUAUUACAAUGAUUAAAUGAUGUAUCUAGAGCAAAGUGUGCAAAUUUUAGAAAACUAGCAAUUUUCAGCUUAAAAGGUAUAAAAAGAAGGUGGACUGAAUAGCUCGAAGUAGUCUCUGUAAUCAGGGUCAGUAAUGAAUUUAAACUCUAAUAGUGGGUCAAAAAGUAAAUCUAGGAAAAUGAAGCGCUCUUAAGGGUCAAGGAUUUAAGAGCCAUUCGAUUAAAUGAAAAUUGAGCACAAUAGUUAAUAAUCUUCAAACAACCCUUCAGGAUAGAAAGCUUGA